CGCCCCGGGGGAGGGACGGCGCAAGGCGCGGGGGACACGGGAGACAGGUACCCGGCGGUGGCCCUGCCAGGCACCUCCUCGCUGCGACCGGUCGCUGUGCUCCGCGACGCGGCGGAGCGAGCUGCGAGAGCGGCAAAACGCGGCGGCCUCCCGCGGGGCCCGCAGGCGGAGCAGGGGCCUAAGAGCGCCCGCGGCGGGGCUCCAGCUCUCCAGGGGGGGCCGCAGCCGUUGGAGGUGCGGCACCGGCGGAGCCUUCGCUUGCCUAGCCGAGCCCAGUCGACCUGAACCGAGCCGUGCCGCGCCGGCAGGGACGGAGCAGCGCGGGGCCGGGACGCAGCCCGGUGGCCGGCAGCGGCGGAGCGAGGAGCGGCCCCCCGCCCCGGAGGAGGGAGCGGCGGGGAGUGGGGCUCGGCGGUGCCCGCCCGCCGGCUGCGCCCCGCUGGAGCAUGCACUGAGUGGCUGCCUCGGCUCGGAGCCUUCCCUGCCGCCGGCGAGCGCCUUGCAUGGUGUGGGGCUCCACGGUCUCGAUAAUAAAUGAUAGAGGAUACAAUGACUUUGCUGUCUCUGCUGGGUCGGAUCAUGCGUUACUUCUUGCUCAGACCGGAGACCUUGUUCUUGCUGUGCAUCAGCCUGGCCCUGUGGAGUUACUUCUUCCACACGGAUGAGGUGAAAACCAUUGUCAAGUCCAGCAGAGAUGCGGUGAAGAUGGUGAAGGGCAAAGUGGCCGAGAUCAUGCAGAAUGACAGGCUCGGAGGGCUAGACGUGCUGGACGCAGAGUUUUCCAAGACCUGGGAGUUCAAGAGCCACAAUGUGGCUGUCUACUCCAUCCAAGGCCGGAGGGAUCACAUGGAGGACAGGUUCGAAGUGAUCACUGACCUGGUGAACAAGACUCACCCUUCCAUCUUCGGGAUAUUUGAUGGGCACGGAGGAGAGUCGGCAGCAGAGUACGUGAAGUCCCGCCUGCCUGAAGUGCUGAAGCAGCACCUGCAGGACUAUGAGAAGGACAAGGAGAACAGUGUGCUGUCCUACCAGACCAUCCUGGAGCAGCAGAUCCUCUCCAUCGAUCGGGAGAUGCUGGAGAAACUGACUGUGUCCUACGAUGAAGCAGGCACCACCUGUCUGAUCGCACUGCUGUCGGACAAAGAGCUGACAGUGGCCAACGUGGGAGAUUCCCGAGGAGUCCUGUGUGACAAGGAUGGGAAUGCCAUCCCCCUGUCACACGACCACAAGCCCUACCAGCUAAAAGAGAGGAAGAGGAUUAAAAGAGCUGGUGGCUUUAUCAGCUUUAAUGGCUCGUGGCGCGUCCAGGGCAUCCUGGCCAUGUCCCGCUCCCUAGGAGAUUACCCUCUGAAGAACCUGAACGUUGUCAUCCCUGACCCUGACAUUCUUACCUUUGACCUGGACAAACUGCAGCCAGAGUUCAUGAUCCUGGCCUCGGAUGGCCUGUGGGAUGCUUUCAGCAAUGAAGAAGCUGUCCGGUUCAUCAAGGAACGCUUGGAUGAGCCCCACUUUGGUGCCAAGAGCAUAGUCCUACAGUCCUUCUACAGAGGGUGUCCUGACAACAUCACAGUGAUGGUGGUGAAGUUCAGGAAUAGCAGCAAAACAGAAGAACAGUGAUGACUGACCAGUGGCUGAACUGCAAACAGACUCUCUGACGGUUUGAACCCAGUAGAAAGCUCUUGUCGUGCCCUUAAGAUCCUACCCGAGAGGAGGAGAUCCCCUGGGCUUUGUCCUUGGCUUAACAAAGGAGCAAUACAACUCAUUCCCUCUCAGUGAUGACAAAGGGUUGGUUCAUGCCUCCCUGUCUCCUGUGCCCUCCCUGCUCCUCGCAAACUAACUGUAAGCUUCCAUUCUCUCCCCGACCUCCCCCCCGUAGACUUCUCAUCUGAUCCCUCCCCUCUCAUUUCCGAUGGUCAAGAGGUUCCUUCAGGUGCAGAGCAGGGGCAGAGCAGUGACACUGCUUUCAGUCCUGGGUGUGACUCUCCAGAAAGAUGCUUUCCUCUUUCCUUUCCUCUUUCCUUUCCCCUUUCCUUUCCUCUUUCCUUUCCUCUUUCCUUUCCUCUUUCCUUUCCCCUUUCCUCUUUCCUUUCCUUUUUUUCUUUUAUCUUCUUUUCCUUUCUUUUCCUUAUCUGUAUAGCAAAAGGUUUGUGGAUGUGAAGGAGGAAGAGGAGCCAACUCCUAGCCUGCUACCACAGAAGUGGCUCCCUCGCUUUGCUGACCCUCUCCUCACAUCAAUCUCUGCCAAGCAUGUGAUGAGGUCUAGCUGCUGGAUGAGCUGCAGCCACCUUCAUUCACUCUGUGCAUUCCCUCUAUGCCAUGCUGUGUCCAGCCCAGUGCAGCACAACGCUGUGAGCUCUGACACCUGCUCCACCAGCAGCUGGGUCUGUUGUGACAGGAGAGUGUCUGUGGUUCACCAAGGCUCACCCACAAAUUAGUUUUUUGACACAGACUCUCUGCAGGCCUAUAAAGAAAGUGGUGGAAGGUGAAAUUAAUUUAAUUAGCAACCAUUUGGAAGGCUAAUUAAAUCAAGGUGCUGCUUAGAGCUGCCUUGAUAGGAGUCAAGCCUAUUAAAGGCUUUUCAUUUGUGGUGUUAAUCCAGGGGAAGGCCACUCUAGAACCAUUUCUGGUCCCAAGUAUGAAUGCCACAGCACUGCAGAGAUGAGAGCUUGUGCUCAGUCUAGAUUAAAACAUGCUUAGGUCCAGCUUCCAGGAUUUCAGUGUAUUUUGGAAUCUGUGGCUCCAAAGUUUAAAGAAUGGCAGUCUGAUCUCUAUCUGGUAACUUGAUGAUGGAGAGGCAGCAGCAGCAGAAGGAUGUGGCAAUGUAUGCUGGAGGAGCAGAGCCAAGGCCUGAGCUUCCUGGGAUGGUUUUCUUACCCAUAUCCUCUUUUUCCACAAUCCACUCCCUGGAGAAUAUAGUUCUGAAUGAUCUGCUGGCGUCUUCAGGGUGCUGGAGGUUGUCAGUAUCUGAGUGCUGAGGUGAAUCAGGGAUGUAAUGCAUCAGUUUACAUUGUUCAUAGAUUCACAGAAUGGGCUGGGUUGCAAGGGCUCUUGAGGAUCAUCUAGUUCCAGUGCCCCUGGCAUUGGCUGUGUCGUGUCCACUAGACCAGGCUGCUCAAAGCUCCCUGUUCGUGGCAGGGAUGUCAUGGCACUUGGUUAAAAAGCUGCCUGUCCCUCAUCACCCACUUUCAGCAUCCCUGGGCAGGUGGCCUGCUGGUGCCUAAAGCACUGUGAUGUGUGGUAGAUGUGUGUCUCUGAAGUCACCAAGGAAGAGACCAAAUCCUGCUUCACAGCCUUUCCAUUUCUGUUCCUAAGUUCUCUCUUCCCUGACAAGCUUCUCUGCUCUAGCUCGUUUGGAGAUAAUCACAGCUCCUAAUUGGAUCUGUUGCUAUUCCCAGGGUGAUUCCAAUUAAAUAGAGAUUAUUUAGCUGCCUCUUCUGAUCACAGAAGGUUAGAGGUUGGAAGGGACCUCCAGAGAUCAUCCAGUCCAACCCUCCUGCCAAGGCAGGAUCACCCAGGGGAGUUCACACAGGAAUGUAUCCAGGCAGGUUUGAAAGUCUCCAGAGAAGUAAACUCCACAACCUCUCUGGGUAGCCUGCUCCAGUGCUCUGGCACCCUCACUCUAAAGAAGUUUUUCCUCAUGAUGAGGUGAAACCUUCUCUGUUCCAGUUUGCAUCCAUUGCUCCUUGGCUUACCGCUGUGCACCACUCAAAAGAGAUUACCCCCCUCCAUGACACCCACUCAGAUAUUUAUAGAUCCCAGGGUAGAGCCCCUCAACUCUGAGGGAAGAAGAGAGGUGUGGAAGUGUCCAGCACCCUUUGAAAGCAGCAGAAUCCCAGCCUGCACUGGUCCUUCCCUGGAGGAUGGGAUGUGGAGGACUUUGUGAGUGUCUGGAGCAGCAGCACAUGCAGUGAGUUUGAAACAUGCCUCUGCAGUUCAGCUGAACAGCAGGCAGGGGAUGCUGAUAACUGCUUCAGUUCUUUCCCUGUGAGAAGUGUUUGGGGUCAGUCUGCAGUGAAAUGGAAACUUCCUGGGCAUGCUUCAGUAUCUCCUCAGCACUGCUGCAGCAGGCAGAGCUCGUGGGCCAUAAGCUGUUUACUUUACCUUUGUCCUUCACAGGUGGAGUUUCCACUGUGCUGGUUUCUCUGUCUGGAUGGUUGUCAAAAGAGCUGCCCAGGGCAAUGCAGAAUUAGACCCAGCAGCCUGCAGAACCCUAGAGAAAGACAUCACUGCUGAUCCUUCAGGGGCCAUGGAGAGGCUGGGAUUGGAACAACGCAGCUGAAGGUGCUCCACGGUAUGGUGUGGUAGUGGCCCUGGCAGCGUCCAGUAAUGGUUGGAAUUCACAGAAUCAUAAAAGCACCUUGCUUGGCAAAGACCUCCGAGAUCAUCAAAUCCAAGCAUUGACUAACUCUGACAGGACUACUACUGCACCAUAUCUAGAUGGCUUUUAAAUACAUCCAGGGGUGGGGAUUCAACCACUCUCUGAGCAGCCUCGUCCAGUCUUUGAGGCCUCUUUUGGGGUUGAAGUUUUCCCAUCCCAACUCCAUGAUCUUAGAGGUCUUUCCCAACCAUGGUGAUUCUGUGACUGGAAUAAAAAACCCCAAACCAUUAUAGGCUAACACCACUUGAGAGCAAAGCCCAUGGCUGCUACUGAGCCUCCAGAUCAGUCCAGCUUCAACCUUCAAGUGCUUGCAGUUACAACAGUGGUUGGUUCAGCACUUCCCACCUCCUCUGCAGCUUUCUCACCUUUCCAUAGCCCUUCCCUGGCCAAAGACACCCAUCCCAACAACUCUGCUGGGGUUAUUGAUUUUUGGUUUGAUCACUUUUAAAACCUGGUUACAGCUGCUUUAGGUUUGAAGAUGAAGUAAUGGAGAUGAGAUGCUUUGGGCACUCUUUCACAUCCAUGGCCAGCACCUGUCAGUCCCCCAUCUUGAACCUGACUCCAGCCGUGCUGAUCUGUGCCAAAUUCUGUCAGGGGACGCUCAUUGGAGGACAAAGAUGAGGCAAUGCACACCUUGAUUGUGCAGCCUACACCACCUAGUGUCUGCUCCUCCACUGCCUUCAUUAUACAUCCUGCAUUCAUAGAUCACAGGAUGAGUUGGGGUGGAAGCGACCUUCAAGAUCAUCCAGUUCCAACUCCCUGCCAUGGGACACCUUUCACUGACCCAGGUUGUUACAGACUUCGUCCAACCUGGCCUUCAGCUCCUUUCUGCCCAGAGAGGGGGCAUCCACAACCUCCCUGGGCAACCUGUUCCAAUGUAUCCCUACCCUCACUGGAAAGAAUCAUCUGGAAAGAGUUGCCAGAAGUGUCCCCAGUACACUGGUGCAGCACUGGAGAGGCAAACCUACCAGCAUCCCAUCCUCAGGGGUGCUUCCUGCCUGGGCACCCCUCCAAAGACAGGGAGAGGGUGGGUAAGGUGACUUGCAGACACCUGAGAGGGCCCAAAUUCCUGUAGGCUGUGUUUGUGGAGGUUUUGUGUUGUUUAAGCCUGAGCAGCUCUGUCAGUGAUGUGUUCAUCAGGUAAUUCAUAGAGUCAGAGAAUGGUUUGGGUUGGAAGCAACCUGGUUAAUGACAGUUUGUAAGGGCAGGAAACUGAAAGGCUAAGUUGCUGCCAAAGAGCAUUUUUGGUGUGGUCUAGGGUAAAAAAAAAAUGUAGCUUGUCACUGGCUAGCUGGGGCAGCACUUAGAGAAUCUGGAGUCUGGGCUCUUCCCAGGGGUUUUACAAGCCAAGAGGUCACCUCACGCAGCACAUUCUGAAGGUGCUACCAGUGAGCUUUGUCAUUCUGAUGAUAGACACUAAUUAGUGUAGCAGUCUGAUUGCUAGACUUGGAACUAGCUUUUAAGGAAGGCUUUAUUACUGGCCAGUGGAGCACCUGGGUACAAUGACUCUUUGUUCACCAGUAUGGUUAGAUGGUCACAGUCUGCUUUAUUUCUGUGGUGCAGAGACUUACAUGCAUUCUAGCUAGAGGCAUGCUCCACCAAGACUGGUUACAUACAGAGGGUACAGGGUUACUUGUAAGGCAUGGGUAGGUCAGUAUACCAUAACAAUCUGAGCAUCAGCCUCUGGGGCUGGCUAAACUCUGCCCACCUGCAGCUGGCACUCCAACCCCUGCAGCUGCAUGUGGGGGGAACUACCCAGCGCCUGGUAUCUUAACUCCCCAGAUGGAUUCAAGGACGCUCCCAGCACGGGUUGCUCAUGUUUAUCAUUUGGUGUCCUCUGCUAGCAAGAAAUUCUCCAACAAGGCUUGAUACAAAAGCUCCACCCUCUGGAGCUCUUGGAGCAGUUAAAGGCUCCCAGUGGAGGUGACAGCCUAAUUAGGUGGCAUGGCAGCUGUGUCCAGUGGCCUAAGCAUGGAAACCAAAUGACAGCCCUCGAAACUGAUAGCUCAGGAAGGCAGUGGAGGCCUUUGCAGUUCCACUUGUCCCCUGUGAGGUGCAGACAGACCCUUCUCUCCAGCUGCAUCUCACAGCACCCCUUAGCUGUAGAAACCAAACAUCUAGGGGUGGGUGGGUUUGGGUUUAGUUAACACUUUGAAGUUUCUCUGUGGUUUUAGGUUGUGGUCUCAACUGCACAUACAAAAAACCAACCCAGCACCAGAGCAAACCGUCCUGAUGGAUAACAGGGUGACCAGCAAUGUGCCCUUGUGGCCAAGAAGGAAAAUGGCAUCCUGGGGUGCAGCAAGAGGACUGUGGCCAGCAGGCUGAGAAAGAUUCUUCUCUCUCUCAACUCUGCCCUGCUGAGGCCACAGCUGGUGUCCUGAGUCCAGUUCUGAGCUCCCCAGCCCAAGAAGUGCAGGGACUUACUGGAGAAGGUACAACAAAGUGCUAUAAAGAUUCUGAGGGGACUAGAACAGCUCUGAUGGGGCAAGGCUGAGAUAAUCUGGGCUGUUUAGUCUGGAGAGCAGCCUGGCAGGGGGGGCCUCAUCAAUGCUGAUCAAUACUUAAAGAGCAAGUGGCAGGAGGGUGGGCCCAGGCUUUGUUCAGUGGUGCCCAGAGACAGGCCAAGGGGUAAGAGGCACAAAGUGGAACAUCAGAAGUUCCAUCUGAACAUGAGGUGGAACUUCUUUAAGGGUGUCAGAGCACUGGAGCAGGCUGCCCAGAGAGGUGGUGGAGUCUCCAUCUCUGGAGACAUUCCAAGCCCACUUGAACUUGUUCCUGUGUGACCUGCCCUAGGUGACCCUGCCUUGGCUGGGAGGUUGGACUGGAUGAUCUCCAGCGUUCCAACCCCUGCCACUCUGUGAUUCUGCAACCUGGCAGGCUUUAUUGUAACUGCUUUCUGUCCCUCCUCCAUGGAGCACCUGCACUUGAGCAUGGUUUUCAGCUCAGUAACAACAUCCAAACCUGGGACCUUAAUAUAUAAUGCAGACUGCAGGAGCCUUCACAUCCCUGGGCCCUACCAGCUCCGGCUCAGCAAACUGCAAGGUGCUUAAGAAAUUACCCAGCUGGUGCAUGCUGCUGGGGCAAGAGAAGGAGCUGAAUGGUUACAGAAGGAGCUAAAUGAACACUUGAGCAAAACUCUGCCCCAAAAUUUCUUCAGCAGGACCAACAGACACCUAUCAAGAGUUUAAGUUUGAAGGGAAUGUGACAAAGUCAUAUUAUUGCACUCAAAUUCCUCACUGUCAGCUCCUUCUGCAAUCCACCCAGCAGGGCUUCCAAAACACCUUGGACCAGUGCUUUGGUCCAAGGCUUUCCCAGUCCAAAAGUCCCAUCAUUUUCCCAUCAAAAUCACAACUGCUUGGAAUUCUGCUUGAAGCUGCCUUUUUGCAUCUCAGGAUGUGGGAAAAGCUCAGCCUGUGGUUUAGGCUUUGGUUUCAGUAGGAUGUUCAGGGCAGAUGCAAUAAAAUCUGCUCCCUCCUCUGAAUCCAAUGCUGAUGUCAGCUUGAAGCUUUUUUCACCUCUUCCCAUCAGAAUCUUCCCUGCUAUUUGCUUUUAGCAGAAACAUUAGCUCAGGCAUGAGUUUUGAUGGUCUUUUAAGCAAUAAUAAGGUCAGACUCAGACACAAAGCAGACUGGAAAUGAGAAAUGAGUUGUUUUUUUAAAACUCAGGAGCAGGAAUGUUUUACACUGUACUUGUAAACCGAUGCCACUGGAGGUGGCAAUUUCAUCUGGCAGGAACAGAUCACUGUGUACAGAUUUAUGAUCAGCCUUAGCAUUGUGGGGCACAAACCUAAGAGGUACCCUGCCUGGUGGUAGUCCUGCACACUUCUCCCUGAUUCACAUCUCUGGUUCUCUCCUUGUGAGCACUGGCUGCUUGAUCUAUCCACUUCCUGAAGGCUGCAGAGUCUUUCAGAAGCUAUGAUUUUGGGCAAAGGCAACACAAAUCAUGCUGCAGUAUCAGUGUUCUUGUGAAAGAUCAUUCAUUUCCAAGCAUUUAAUGUGGCAGGCUGAUAAAAGAGGGAGCUAGGAGUGCUUGAAGCUAGAUAAUCAAAGAACAAGUGAAACCUCUCACACAGCUCUCAGGAUCUCAACACAGAACAGCCACCAGAUGACAGAUCCACAGGACAGCUGUAGUAUCACCUCUCUUCACAGAAAAAUAGCAGCUGUGGGUGCACCCUCCACCGGAACAGGAGGAGAAAUCUCUCUGAUGUGAGGGUGUUGUGGGUUUAAGACUGGAGGUUCCACCUGAACAGGAGGAGAAACCUCUCUGGUGUGAAGGUGCUGGAGUUCUGGAGCAGGCUGCCCAGAGAGACUGUGGAGUCUCCUUGUCUGGAGAGCUUUCAAACCCCACCCUGGACGUAGUGAUGCUGGGCAAGCUGUUGUGGGUGCCCUGAUUUAGUUUGACUGAAUAAUUUCCAGAGGCCCCUUCCAAGCCCCUCCCCACACUGGCAUUCUCUGUAACAAUGCACCUUUAGUGAUUCAGUUUAACAAAAUAAUCUAUUUUUGCAAAUCUUUGACCUUCUUCCUACACCCUUAGGGCACCACCACCUGAAACACCUCAAGAACAUCCUCCCCCAGACCUUACUUUUAUAUGUAAGCACCCUCAAAGUCCAUCACAAAGCCCCUGUGCAGUUGCUGAAAACACAGCAGAAAAACCCAACCUCCAACAGUGACCCUAACCACAAGGUAAAACAAAGAAACCUGGUGAAACCUCAACCCUGCUACUUAAGAGGUUUCUGCACCUCUCUAAUUUGUCUCUAAGAGACUAUCUGCAAGACAGCCAAAUGUAAAUAUGCCACCACAUCUUAGCUGUAGCACAGGUAAGGUGGCAGUGCUCUGCCAUGCUCCAUGUACAGGAUAUAACCAUUCUAUCUUCACUGUGUAGUGAGUGUGUCAAGAAUAACUCUGUUAAUGCAGUUGCAAACCCUGUGUUGUUGUCUGUUAGAAGUGUAAACUACUGAAAACUUGGCCUUGCUGACAUGAAUAAAGUGAUUCAAAUCCCUCUCUUUACAGAUAGAGCAGAGUUUGCUGUCUUCAAGGAAUGCAAAAGCUCAGAAGUUCUUUCCAGUUUUCAUUUUAAAGUUUGAAGGAGGAAAGCUGUUUCAGGAAUAAAGUCAUGAGAUAAAUGGA